AUGUAUGUAUGUAUGUAUGUAUGUAUCUAUCUAUCUAUCUAUCUAUCUAUCUAUCUAUCUAUCUAUCUAUCAACAUCUGUUCAGAUUUCUCUUCGUCUGUUCCUAUCUAUCUAUCUAUCUAUCUAUCUAUCUAUCUAUCUAUCUAUCUAUCUGAUGUUUUAUUUUGAAUUUUUGCAAAUGCCCCGCCCGUCCAAGAAAUCACGUAACAGGAGGUAUUUGAUCACCAAAAGACAUAAAGAAGAUCAAUCUACAUUUUUUCAUAUUUUUCUCUUCGUCUGUUCACAUAUAUGCAUGUAUGUAUGUAUGUAUGUAUCUAUCUAUCUAUCUUUCUGUCUAUCUAUCUAUCUAUCUAUCUAUCUAUCUAUCUAUCUAUCUAUCUACAUCUGUUCAGAUUUCUCUUCGUCUGUUCCUAUCUAUCUAUAUAUCUAUCUAUCUAUCCAUCUAUCUAUCUACAUCUGUUCAGAUUACUAUUCGUCUGUUCCUAUCUAUCUAUCUACAUCUGUUCAGAUUUCUCUUCGUCUGUUCCUAUCUAUCUAUCUAUCUAUCUAUCUAUCUAUCUAUCUGAUGUUUUAUUUUGAAUUUUUGCAAAUGCCCCGCCCGUCCAAGAAAUGUAAUUGA